AUGUGCGUCUUUUUCUUGUUUAUCACCUCUUGCCUUUGUGUAUUUGCGCCUCUCUCUCUCCUCCCCCUCCCCCCCUCUCUCUCCUCCCUCUCUCUCUCUCUAUCUAUCUAUCUCACUGUGUGUUUUUGUCUCUCCCUUUCUCUUUCUAUCUCACUAUCUAUCUUUCUCUUUCUCUCUCUUUCUUUUUCUCUCUUUCUCUCUCUUUCUUUCUUUAUAUUUCUCUCUGAUUUUCUCUCACUUUCUCUCUCUCUAAUGCUCUCUUUCUCUCACUUUAUCUAUUUCUCUUUCUUUCUCUCUUUCUAUCUCUUUCUUUAUCCCUCACUCUUUCUAUCUCCCUCUUUCUCUUUCUCUGUAUCUAUCUCUCUCUUUAUCUCUUUCUUUCUCUCUUUUUCUCCAUUUUUCUCUCUCACUUUCUCUCUGUUUCAGUUCCCUUGUCAUUCUCUGUCUCACUUUAUCUCUCUAUUUCUGCCCCGUUAUCAUUCUCUAUCUCUCUCUCUCUCUCUCUCUCUCUCUCUCUCUCUCUCUCUCUCUCUCUCUUACGCUGUCAUCCUCUUGCUACAAAUCGCUUUCUCAAUAUCUUUGCCAUUACCUCCCGCUAGAUAA